AAAAGAACGAGAAAAAAAAAUCAAAAAAAGCCACCAGCCACCAUUUAUACCCUCCCCCUUUCCCCCUCUCACCCAAAAUCGGGAAAAAAGCAAUCCCUUUCCAUUCUCCGAACCAAUUUCUUCCCCCGAAAUCCUAUCCCUUCUCCGACGAGCCGGCGCCGCCGAGAAUCAAAAUCGCGCCCUCCUUUCUUCCACCCAGUUCCCUCGCCUCCUUUCUUCCAUCUCACCAACGCUCUUCUUUCUUUCUUUCUAUCGCGGCCUCCAGCAACAAUGUCGAGGCAAGCUGGUAGAAUCAGCAACCAAGCUCCAGCCUCUUCCGCUUCCGGUUCGUCGAACACGGCGAAAGUAAGAUGCGAAGGCCACAAUGCUCCCUGCGUUGUGAAUACCUCUCGCACAGAGGAUAAUCCUGGAAGGAAGUUCUAUUCCUGCCCAUUUUGGAAAGAUGUAAAGGAAGAUUGUCGUUUUUUUCGUUGGGUCGAUGGUACAUCUGAAUAUGGAAUAAUGGAGGAGAAUGAGCAUCUGAAAUUGAAAAUGGAGGCACUUGAAGGGCGGCUUCAUAAGGCAGAAGUGAAGGCAAAUAGGAGGAAACAAGAGAAAUUGGCGAUGCUAGAGGAUUUGAAGAAGGUUACUGAAGAAGGCAAUAUGUGCACUACAAAGUCGAAUGAUCUUGUGUAUUGUCUUUGUAGCCAUAGGCCUUAUUGUAAUGGUGAGUUCAAUUGUGAGUGAGGAUUGUGUGUUCAUUUGCAAGCAAAUUCCUGUGAUUGUAAGCUUACUUUGUGUGUGUGUUUGUUGAAGAAUAAGCUACCUCCUGUUAGUAAAACUUUGUGCAUAACAAGUGUGUACCCAUAAUUCAUAAAGAAGUUCAACAUUAACAUUAGCUCUUUCAUAGUGACAUCAAUACGAAUGUUGCAAAAAAGUGUUUUACAGUCA